AUGGUUAACUCCCCCGCCGAUGCUAUUAGGAACAUCCCGCCGGUAACCCGGUUCUUCACCAUUUCGACCAUGGCAAUCUGCUUUGCCAUUUCCUUGGAACUCAUCCACCCAGUGGACUUGAGAUGUUCCACUGUAGAGAUUAAAUAUUUUUAUAACGAGCUCUGGCAUACGUACCAGAAUCCAAGAACAUCCGCAUGGCAGAUGGCCAAGGAGUGCAUCUGGGUGGUCUUUCAAUGCUACCGUUUCUUGACCUCCUUCCUAAUCCCAAGAGGAGUUCUUACUAACCGAUUGAAUGCCGUCAUGGACGUAUACUUUUUCUACACAUUUGCUAAUCAUUUGGAGUCUCACACGGGAAAAUUUAAACGUAAUUUCCCAGAUUGUCUUUGGUUUACUUUGGUCACCGGUACCAUGAUCAUGUUGAUGUCAUUUGUAUGUGAAUAUUUGGACAAUUCCCCUCUUUCUCACCAUCUGAUGAUGUUGUCAUGUGUCACAUAUCUUUGGUCUCGUUCGCUGAUGAAUUCUGUGAUCAACUUCCUUGGAAUUGUCCCAAUUAAAGCCUAUUACUUGCCACUUUUCAACUUGUUGUUCAAGCUUUUGGUUAAUGGGAAACUUGCCCUUGUGGACACCAUUAUUGGAAUCAUUGGUGCUUACUUGUAUCAAUGUAUUCAAUCUGCUACCUUGCCCGUAUAUAACAUUUUCCCCGGUGCUUAUUCUCGUAGUUUGACCCCAGUGGUAGACCACAGUGGUAGAAAAGUCGGUAUUAAUAAUAUUGGUAUAAGCUUUAGUGGAUUUGAAACUGCAAGUGCCGAUUUCAUUCCAGAGGCAAUCUUCGAUAAGGGGUACCUCAAGGCACCUAUCUGGCUCUACAAACUUCUCGAUUACCCUACGAACAACUCACAGAGAACUACAGCAUUCUCUAAAAGCUUUACCAACACUCGUUCGAAGGACAAGGUUUUGAGUCCUCCACAACAUGAGUCAGAAUCUACAGGCUCCGCUUCCGGAGUAUCAUGGUUUGGAACCGACCUUCCAAACCCAUUUCAAGGUAAAGGUCAUAGAUUAGGAGGUUAG